ACACAACCAGUGACUGAAUCUGCAAUCUCCGAGCUAACUGUGAUUCGGAAGCUUCAUCAUCACACUUCCCUAACGCGCUCGACGAAUCUCCUGAUGAAAUCCUAGAAAUUCGAGAUCGGAAAAAUCAUCAAAAGCAUAAAUCAUGGCCGCGAUCGGAGUAAUGCCGGAGAUGAAUGGCCUAAAACAGAAAAGCCGAAGGUCAGCUGUAACACUAAUUCUGACGGUUCUCACGAGUUCACAAUCGAUACUCAUUGUGUGGUCGAAGAGAGCUGGAAAGUAUGAGUACAGUGUAACAACUGCUAAUUUUCUGGUAGAGGCAUUGAAAUGUGCAUUGUCUCUUGCGGCAUUGGUAAGAAUCUGGAGAAAGGACGGCGUUACUGAUGAUAACAGGUUGAGCACUACGUGGGAUGAAGUUAAAGUGUAUCCCAUUCCCGCUGCACUUUACCUUGUCAAGAAUCUACUUCAGUAUUACAUUUUUGCAUACGUAGAUGCUCCUGGAUAUCAGAUACUGAAGAACUUGAACAUUAUCAGCACCGGCGUAUUGUAUCAAAUUAUUCUUAAAAGGAAGUUAACUGAGAUUCAGUGGGCUGCUUUCAUUCUACUGUGUGCUGGGUGCACCACUGCACAACUUAAUCCUAGUUCUGAUCAUGUUCUUCAGACUCCUUUGCAAGGUUGGGUUAUGGCUAUUGUAAUGGCCCUUUUGAGUGGUUUUGCAGGAGUUUACACAGAGGCUAUAAUUAAGAAGCGACCUUCAAGAAAUAUUAAUGUUCAGAACUUCUGGUUGUAUGUCUUUGGGAUGAUUUUCAAUGCUUUUGCAAUAAUGACUCAAGAUUUUGACGCAGUCAUGAAUGAUGGAUUUUUCCAUGGGUAUACACUGAUUACGGUUCUCAUGAUUCUCAACCACGCACUAAGGUCUAUUCAACUUCAGUUGCAAUGCUCCUGACUGCAGUUGUUUCUGUAUUUCUAUUUGGAUUUCACCUUUCCCUUGCCUUUUUCCUUGGUUCCACCGUUGUUUCAGUAGCAAUAUAUUUACACUCGACUAGCAAAGCUCGAAGAUAACAACUGAGUUCACCUUCUGGGUGUUCUCUUCGCUUAAGAGUUGGCCCUGAAUUUAUCCUUGGAAUGGAGUUGCCAUUUGAAUUAGGGACUGAAGGAUACUUUUGAUCAACUACUGAAAUCCCGCAUAUGGGCACUUGCAAGGUGUUGUCUCAAUUUUGAAUUCAAAUAGCUGCUUAUUGCCCCAGGAAAGGGAUUGGGUAUAUCUUGAAGAUGUUAUUAGUGCAACAAGUCCUGGACAGCCCACUUUGUAACACGAUACAUUUGACGCGGUGCAUAAUUUCAUGAACAUUUAUUUGCUCUUUCAAAUGUAAUUAUGGACUAGUGGUAUUGUGAUAGCAAUUUGGUUUGUACAAUGUCCGUUAAUGUUCAUACUUGUUUUGGUGUUAA